AUGUCAUCGAAAAAAAUUGUUAUUUUAUAUGGUUCUGAGACUGGAAAUGCUUGUGAUUACGCAUAUAUAUUAUCUCAAAAGUUGAAUAGACUACAUUUUAAACAUACUAUUUGUCCUUUAGGCGAUUUUAUACCAUCCGAUGUGCUUGAAUGUCGUUAUAUGUUCAUAAUUUGUUCAACUUCAGGACAAGGUGAACUUCCAGUGAAUGCCCGCAAAUCCUCAUCUGCAACUGAACAGCAAUCAUUAUGGUCAUUUUUGAAACAAAAAUCUUUGCCACAUGAUCUUUUGAAUCAUUUAAAGGUUUCAUUUUUGGGUUUGGGUGACUCGUCGUACCCACAUUUUAAUUAUGCUGUAAGGAAACUACACGAAAGGUUUGUAAACCAAUUGGGAGCCAUCGAGCUUUUCGAUAGAUUAGAAGCAGAUGAAAUAUCUAUGGCAGGAAGUAAUAAAGGAACAGGUUCAGGUGUCGAAAGUGUAUAUUUCGAGUUUGAAAGAAGAAUUCUUAAAUUGUUGUCUGAAAAAUUCCCUACCAGAUUAGUUAAUGGUGAACGAAUAAAGAGAAUUGCCAUUGACGAUGAAAUAUAUAUGGAACCAAGCAGUUAUUUAAUGCUAGAUGAUGAAUUGGACAUGGAAACAUCUUCUACCAAACCAGUAAAGUUUAAGGGUGAUUCUUCAGUUAAGUAUGGAGAAGUUUCCAAAAAUUUAAGGAUUACUAAUAAUGAACAUUUCCAAGAUGUUAGACAAUUUACGAUUAAAAUGAAAGACAAUGAAAAUUAUAAUCCUGGUGAUACAAUUGCACUAUAUCCCUGUAAUACAGAUGAGGAUGUUGAGAAAAUAUUAAAGGUUCAGCCGGAGUGGCUAAAGGUUGCCGAUAAACCAUUAAAGUUUUCAAAUGGUGUUCAAAAUAAUUUAUUAGAAGGAGGUGUUAUCGUACCUUUAACUCUCCGUAACCUAUUGAAUUACCAAUGUGAUAUUAUGAGUGUACCAAGAGUAAGUUUUUUUAUGAAAGUAUGGCCAUUUGCUGUGGAUAAAAGUAGAUUAGAGAAAGGACAGGACCAACUAGAUCAGCAAAGAGAAAAAUUACACCAGUUUGCUGUCGAUGAGGAUAUGCAAGAUCUAUUUGAUUAUUGUAAUAGGCCUAGAAGAUCUAUUUUGGAAGUUGUAGAAGAUUUCUUGUCAUUAAAUUUACCCUGGAAAUAUAUUUUAGAUUAUAUGCCAAUAAUCAAACCGAGACUUUUUUCUAUUUCCAGUGGUGAUUCUGAUCCAAGCAUUGAUUUGACAAUCGCAAUUGUUAAAUAUAAAACAAUUCUUCGAAAGAUUAGAAAGGGUGUAUGUACAAAUUUUGUCGCUAAUUUGAAAAUAGGUGAUGAAUUACGCUACAAAAUCCAUAGAAACAAUCUAUUAGAUAAAGUGAACUGCAAAUCUCCAUUUAUUUUAAUUAGCCCGGGUGUUGGUAUAGCUCCAAUGAUGUCAUUGAUCAAAUCAAAUAUUUCUGGGAAUAUUCAUUUAUUCUUUGGUAAUCGUUUCAAAGAUAGCGAUUAUCUUUAUCAAGAAACCUUGGAGGAAUGGGAAAAAUCGGGAAAGAUUAACUUAUACACUGCAUUCUCUAGAGAUAGAGUGAAUUCCCCUGAUGUGAAAUAUGUUCAAGACGUUUUAUGGAAGAAAGGGCAAGAGUUGACAGAAAUAAUUAUCAAUGAAAAUGCCAACAUAUAUUUAUGUGGCUCUUCAGGUAAAAUGCCAAUUCAAGUUAGACUAACAAUUGUUGAAAUGCUUAAGAAAUGGGGUAGCUUUGCUGACGAUAAAGAAGCUGAAGCAUACUUGAAAAAAAUGGAAGCAGAUCACAGGUACUUGCAAGAGACUUGGUAA